UACGAUUGCGCCAGCAGCCGAAGUGCAUCGAAAUUUACGUUUGUCGCAUAAAAUGCGACAAUUGUCGUAGGGCAAUUUCAGUAUACGAAAGUUAUUUGCUGCUAUCGCACUCACGUCGUUGGUGGUGGCGAUUUUGGUGUGUUUGGAGGUCGCGUACGCGUCGUUGUCGUCGUCGUCGGUGCAAAACCAUGUGUGAGCUCGUGUGUGUGUAUUAUGACAGCAAAGUGGUUGUCGGUGCGGCGAUGUGACAAAAACAUACGAUAAAAUAUUGAAUGCCAGUUAAGUAUUGUAGUAUACGGUUGAUGUAAUAACGGUACGGAGUGUUUUUUGCUAAGAAAGGAAAGUGUUUAGUAAUAUUACUGGUGGAUAGAGUGUUAAAGGAAUGUGUUUUGAGCUCAAUGCAAGUAUGGUGUACAUUUUGGGCUUUGAAAAAAUUGCAUAAAAAAUUCUUUAAUUGAAAAUUGUUUGGAAAAAGUAGCAAAAAGUAAAAAAAAAGUAAAAUGUGCAAGGAAAGUAGUUGCUGAAAGUAAAAAGUGAAAUUACAGAAAGUAAAAAAAAAAUUUUGGAAAAAUUUAAAUACAAAAAAAGUUAUUGCAGCAAAGUUAUGUCCACUAAACAAUAACAAAACCAAAUCUAGCCAAAAUAUUUGCGCUCACAUUCUGGUUCUCCGAAAUCUCAGCCAUCAAUACCAGUCAAAAGUGCAUUUGAAAGUUUCCGCAUUAAUUGAUUUCCCUACUCAAUAAACAAAAACAAAGUCAACUAAAAAAUAAUUUUCUGUCGAAAAAUUCACCAGCAAUCACAGCUGAUCGCCAAAUUGCUUGAUUGAUUGCUUAAUUGAUUGAAUGCUUGUUUUUCUGAUUUUUGCUGCAUUCACAUACAAUCACAUGCAUGUUGCAGCAUUAAAGCAUAACGCGAGAAGUGAAGAUGUAAACAUCAACUGCAUACGCUCAUCCAUAACAGCAAAAGCAGUAAAGUGAAUAGUUUAGCGUGGCAAUAAUGCCCCAGUUAGCCGGCAUAAACUUUGGUGCAAGUUGUGUGUGUGAACAAGUGCUUAGUGUUUAUUGAAUUGGAAGUUGUGGGAGUAAACAAAAAUAUUUUGUGGCAAAGCAGUGAAGCUGUGCGGCACAUAAGCGUGGCAGAGAACAACUCCAAAAUAUAGAUACAUGACUCAAACAACCAUCUAACGGUCUGCACGUGCACUCACACGUGCAUAUUAGUACUCAUAUGUUUUGCGGGCUAUCGCAAAGUCGAGCGCACAUAAAAAUAACUCAUAAAUAUUAUGUCUGGAAAACAAUAAGCAACUGCAACAAGAACGAGCAAUAAACGACAGCCACAAACAGCAACAACUCGAACAGCUAUCAAAGGUGAAAAAGCCAAUAAAAUGCCAAAUUAUCGUUGCUACGAAUUCCAAAUGCAGAGCCGUUAUAUUUUGUGGCGGCCGUAAAUUCAAUCGGCAAUAUUUUUACGCUGCUCGCUUUGAUAAAAAUUUAUCGGUCUACUUUUACUGCUGUGGCUGCAUAAGCAGCGUCAUUUAACCACCCACAAGCACGCACAAGUGCCACUAAACAAAGAAUUUCAAUUGAAAGCCAAUACUCGGCGAAAUGCCGAUGCUAAAAAUACGAAAUGCGCGCAUAAAUUUAGAUUGAGUAGACUUGUCGAUAUAUUGAGACAUAAUUACGGCGAAAAAUAGACACGAGUGCAAACAAUUGAGCAGCGGCUAAUAAGUGUUGUAGGAAAAUAUGUUCGAUAAAACUCGUAAUUGAAGUGAGUUAGACACAUUUCAUGCGAAAAAAGUGGCAAACACAUAAGUCAUAACGAAAUAAAUCAAGCAAAAAAUAUUUAAGAUGCAUUUUGGGUGAAAAUGUUAGGCUGCAGUGUUCACAAAUUGUUUAAGUGGAAAAUAAUUAAAAUUCUAUCUAGUGCAUAAAUAGUGUUUGGGAAAAAAUAGUUAAAUAUCAAUGUGGACAUUCGGAACUCGGUUAAGCAUCACACAUGCGCAUUUGCAACGUUAUGGAGGCGUGCUUGGUGGCUAAUCAUUUAAUGAUGGCACAUCAACGUCCACAAUUGCUCAUAAUCUCCAUCUCCUUGCUUUAUUGGUUCCGUCACACGGGCGAAUGUUGGAAAUUCGAUGGCGGCGGUGCCGGCAUACUCGGUCCUGAUGCGCAUAUCCCACCCGCCCUCAAUACGCCAACAUUUAUUGCCACCUACACACAUUUACGUGCACCACGUAGCGCGGCGGCAUCAGCUGCGGCUGUGGCGGCACGUGGUCCACCGCCAGCUGUGCCGCCACCAAGUGGGAAUGGUGGCGUAAUGGCGGGUGGCAGCUUUUCGGCGCUGUUAAAUGGCCAACAACAGGAUAUUUUGUAUGCGUGUCCGCUGAAUAGUAUGUGUCAGUGUGCUGGCUUGCCGAACGAGACGUCGACACUGAUCGAAAUCAAUUGCAACGAAGUGGCGCUGUAUAAAUUUCCAGAAUUCAUACACAGUUCCGUGCGUUACAUUGAAAUGUCACGCACACAUCUGCAAAGUGUCGACGAUGAAACAUUUCAGGGACUCCGAUUGAAGACAUUGAAAUUGAUCGAUAACGAAUUGCAGGACAUUUCGGAGCGCAGUUUCAGUACAAUGACUCAUUCACUCAUGACACUGGACAUCUCCGGCAACAAAAUGCAGCACAUACCGCUGGAAGCAUUGCAGAAAUUGCAUUCGUUAACGCGACUUGUGGCACAGAGGAACCACAUAACGACGCUGGAGGGCAACUGGGAGGCGCUCUUCGACACGCUGCGCUCACUACACCUCUCCGGCAACGACAUCACCGAGGUAUCACCGUUUGGACUGCAUGAAAACGGCAACGGCUUGAUCGGCGGUAACAACGGCGCCAGUAGUCAUCCCUCCAGUUUGGCAGCCAUCACGCGGCAUGAUGAGCUGGCGACGACGAAAAGUGCGCACAACAGCGCGCGAAAUACACCGAACGAACUCGGCAGCAUGGGGGGCCACACGUCGAGUACUAGUAACCACAUUGCGCUCAGUAAACCCUUCAGUCGGCUGCAAAAGUUGCUCUGGUUGGACCUGUCUAAUAAUCGCAUCUAUCACAUAGCGCCCAACUUCCUGCCACGCUCGCUGGUCACCAUCGAUCUCUCGAGCAAUCUGCUCACCGUUUUUCCACAACAACUCUUCGAGCAUCUACAUGGGUUGCGUAUUGUGUCGCUGCGUGAUAAUUUGUUGCGUAGCGUGCAGACAAAAGAGUUGCGUCUGGUGCGCAUGCGGCUGGAGAAGCUCGAUUUGGGUAUGAAUCUGGUGGAGACGCUGGAAUCGGACUGGUUUCAGAACAACUACUCGGAUGUGCAUGUGCGCGCUUUGAAUCUGGAGAAGAACUUCAUACGGCAGCUGCCACCGGCGGUGUUCAAGGGCACCGGUAUAGUGCACCUAGUGUUGGCUUUCAAUGCCAUUGAGCGCAUACAUGUGACCGCCUUUGAGGGCAUAACAGAAACGCUGGAGUACUUAGAUCUAGAGCGCAAUGAGCUGAACGCUGUGCCAGGUGCGAUCAGCACGUUGCAUAAACUGAAGUAUCUAUACCUCGCUUCGAAUAAUAUCUGUCAGUUGACCAAUCUGCCGGAGAAUACGGAUAAUCUGCGCGUGCUCAGCUUGAGCGGUAACAAUUUCACGAUGAUACCGGUGCUGGCAUUGCGCAACUACACGCAGCUCUCAUACCUCAACAUGGGCUAUAAUCUAGUUUCGGACAUACCGGAGGGCAUUUUCGCCGUAGACAAUUGGGGCGCCAAUCUGCAGACGAUACUGCUGCGCAAUAAUAAAAUAACGCACUUGCAUUUGGGCUCGUUUUACGGCUUGGAGCAAAUACAGGAGAUCAGUUUGAGCUUCAACGACAUUAAUAUACACCAUCCGUUGGUGUUUGAGAAUGUCUCACGCACUUUGAAGAUACUCGAACUCUCCUUUGCGGUCUUCCCAGCGCGCAGCUUGGAGUCCAUCGAUCCGCUCGAAGCGCUGCUGCCGCUCUCGCAGCUGAUGUGGCUCGGUUUGGACAAUAAUAACCUGAAGACGCUAUCCAAUGAAUCCUUUGCAUAUAUGCGUGAAUUGAGCUACAUCAAUUUGGCAUUCAAUCAGCUGAAGCAGCUGCCGCGUGGACUCUUCCUACCCGACGUGCAUAGUCACCUAGUAGAGAUCGAUCUCUCGUACAACUCUUUAGAGGUUAUCACACGCAAUACCUUCCACAGUCUGGGCGAUCUGCAGACGCUCAAUUUGCAAUCGAACAAGCUGAAGCUGCUUGAGAAGCACGCGUUCCACAACUUGGAGUUUCUGCGUUACAUCGAUUUGUCCUACAAUCAGUUGGCGAAUAUCUCGCACGGCGCAUUCACGGUGCUGCCCAACCUUGCUGCUUUGGAUUUGAUGCAGAAUAACCUUUGUACGCUCUCACUGAAAAUGUUCCAUUUUGUCUCGAAUACCAGCACGCCGCUGCGUCUCAAUGUCACCUACAAUCAGAUUGCGCACUUUGAGGAUGAACUCAGCUCGUAUAUGUAUAUCUAUAACCUGGACAUUAGUCACAAUGCGAUCAGUAAAACCGAGAGCUUUGCGAACCUGGCGAAUACGCUGCGCUUUCUCAAUCUCGCGCACAAUACAAUCGGCAGUUUGGCCAAUCACGCCUUCGGUGAUCUAGAAUUCCUUGAAAUACUCGAUCUCUCUUACAAUAAUAUCACGACUUUGCGUCGACGCAGUUUUCAGGGCUUAAAUAGUCUGCAAGAGCUGGAUCUCGGCUACAAUGGACUCGAACAGCUACAAGUCGAGCAAUUUUCGAACUUACGCAAGCUGCGCAUACUGUGCGUACGUGGCAAUCGUUUGCGCGCGCUGCCACGUGAAGUCUUCAUGAACACGCGACUCGAGUAUUUGGACAUUUCGGAGAACCAGUUAUCUGUGUGGCCGGUGCCGGCCUUCUCCGAUGUCGGCUUUACGCUGCGCAGCAUACAAAUGGCGCAGAAUACGCUGGAGUACUUGGACUCCAGCAUGUUUGUGAACUCACAAUUCCUCUACGACAUCAAUCUGGCUUGCAAUCGCAUCACCGUGUUGCCGGAUAACACCUUCACCUUUCUCAAUAAUCUCACCAACUUAGAGCUCUCACAGAAUCCACUAGUAACCACCAACCUCAAGGAGGUCUUUCUGCAUACGCCACGUUUACGACUUCUGAAAAUACGCCGCAUGGGUCUCUAUGUGCUGCCGCAGCUCAGUCUGCCAUAUCUCUCACAUCUCGAUGUCAGCGGCAACUAUCUACAAGAGCUCACCUCACUACAUGAAAUGCGUCAGUUGCGUCAUGUGAAUGUCUCACAUAAUAAAAUCGUUAACGCCAGCAGCGUUGCCGAACACCUACCGACUUCGGUGCGUGUGCUCGAUCUGGCGCACAACCCGCUGCGUCGCAUUACCGCGCACGACCUCGUCGCCUUGCGUCAUCUCACCGAUCUCAAUCUGCUCGACGUGAAGGUGGUCAAUCCGAUAGUGUUCAGUAAACUGCGCUCACUGCGCAAACUACAUUUGACGUCACAUCAGAAUUUGGGUGAGCUCGUGGCGCGCAUACCGGGCCUACAGGAAUUACGCGUACACUGCGUGGAGACGAGUAUUGGUUCGCACCUCCUCUCAAAGCUGCUGAACAAUACCAAAUUACAGCUGCUCGAGCUGUACGGCGGCAAUGUGCAAACAAUAGCGCCAGAUGCGCUCGAGGGUUUGGCACGUAACCAACACUUGUUGGUGAAAAUCUCACAUACUAAAAUUUCCGAUUUGCCGCCGGGCAUUUUUUAUACGCUACGCGCUGUGCCACAGCUGUCCAUCGAUAUAUCCAAUAACAAAAUCAAUGCGCUAGCGGCGGACAGCUUCUAUCCGAACAAGACCUACUGGGAUACCGUGGGCACACGCAGUAUCAUCGGCGGCUUGGACACGUCGAAUAAUCCACUGGAGUGCGAAUGUGGCCUGGUGUGGUUCGGCCAUUGGUUGCGGCGUUGGCUGCGCGAGUCGGCGCAAAUAAAAGUGAUACAGAAGGACGAGAUGAAAAGAAUGGUGCAGUUACCGCUACCCGCAUACGUUCUGCGCCGUGCGCGCUCGAACACGUGCCACGAUCCAACCACGGGUCGUCGUCUGCCCAUACUGGAGAUAUUUCCCGAAGAUCUGCUGUGCCAGGCGAGCGCACUCAGCAGUUCGAGUGAACGUCUCUUUCUGCUCUCAUUUGCGGCGAUUGUCUUGCCGCUCUUCACAAUGUCACUUUGAUAAUUGGACGCCUAGAGUUGCUAAUGCGUAUGUAAAGUACUAAGUUAAGAGUUGCCAUAUAAAACUAAAUAUAUUAUAUAAUAAUAUACUUUAAACUGGAAUGGUUCUUGCUUUAACUGUUGAAAGUGGAUGAAGUUUGAAAACUAAAAUAUUGUUAGCUUGAGAAAUAUGUAAAUUGCUGUAAAUUUACUGCGGUAAAGUGUUAAUUAUAUUAUGUAAGAAGUGUAAAUUUGAUAGUUUAAGUAAGAUAGAGAUAUACAUAGUAUAUGUACAAUAAAUUUUAAGCGACAAUUUGCUGAGAAGUUAUUAUUUUUUUAAUGUAGUUUUUGU